GAGCGGAACUGCCUGGAUGUCAAGGAUAUACGGAGAUAGACAGAAGGCCUGAGAGAAACUGCUUUUUGACAUUUCUAUAAUCAGUUCAUAUUUUACUUUAGUAACUUAUUUUUUUGUAUAUUUAGAUAUCCAUUUCCAGCCUUAAAGAGGGGUAGCCAGGCUAAAUUAGGCCGACUUUAGCCGAGUUUGGAUCACCUGAACACUAACAGCAACGCCACAAACAACUCAUUCUUGAUCAACUCAAUACACUCCAUCGCGGGAUAAUGUCAGACCAGUCAGUCGAAGAGGUUGUCAGCUUUGUUCAGGCCCUCCGUCGAGGACCUGGAGGCGCAGUCGCAGUCCUGAAAGAUGGUGAAGUCGUCAGCCAACAUGUCUGGGGAUAUGCCGACAUGGAGAAGCGCAUACCGAUGACGCCUGAAACACGGAUGCCCAUCUGCUCCAUCACCAAACAGAUGCUUUGCAUGCUAAUGAUGGACUUGGAACGUGACCCGCCAGCAACAGCACCAGCACCGGGAGAAUUCCGCAGGCAGCUCGAGAAUAGACUGCGUCAGGUGUUGCGACCUGAAAUGACCCAAGACUCGGGGCUGACCAUCCAGCAUCUCUGCAAUAACCAGUCCGGCAUUCGAGACUACUGGGCCUUAACUACACUGUGGGGAGGCAGGCCGGAUGGCCAGUUUUGCCUGCCAGACGACGCCGACAAGACGCUGGAGCGACUGGCAUCGUUCCAUUUCCAGCCUGGCACACAACAUUCCUACGCAAACACCAACUUUCAUAUUUUGGCACGGUUGAUUGAAGAUGUCACGCAAGAGCCACUCGAACGUCUGCUGAAGGAACGAAUCUUCCUCCCUCUUGGGAUGCAGACAGCAGUCCUUGCCCCAGACACAGCCUGUGCUCCUACUCCAUGCGUUGGAUAUGACGGUAACACGCGCUCCGGGUUUGUCCCUGCAGUCAAUCGGAUCCAAUGGUCUGGCGAUUCAGGAAUUGUGGCAUCGCUGUCCGAUAUGAUCGCAUAUGAGAGAUAUUUGCACUCCAAGUGGGAUGAUCCAGAGAGUGUAUAUCGCGCCAUGGCUGAACCGCAGACGUUCGAUGACGGGGUUCCUGCGCUUUAUGGCAAUGGUCUGUCGCAUGUUAAAAUUGGCGGAGUGCUCACUGUUGGCCAUGGCGGUGCUCUUCGUGGAUUCCGACUUCAUCGACGCCAUGUGCCGUCGGAACGAUUGUCUGUCGUGGUGAUGUUCAACCAUGAAGAAGACGCCGAGGAUACCGCGGGAUCAAUUCUGCGGCAGCUGAUCGACCGACGUCGGGAAUCAAUGGCCAUGAACAUCACUCCAGCGACAGGUUGGUAUGGCAUUUUCUUCGACCCAGUCGACCGGUUGACAAUCAAUUUCAGCCCAAACUCGGUUCCUGGGCAGCUCAAACUCAAGUAUGCUGGAUGCGAUGAAGUGCUGGAGCUGGUUGAUCCAUACCAAGCUCAGUCUGUGACGAUGACGGCAACACUCCAGAACGAUGUUGUUAUUCUGCACCGACUCGAAGAUAAUAAAGUCAUCCACGCCAGAUCGAUCGACUCGGCGGUGGAGAGUUCCUCUGGACCUACAGACUACCGGGGCGAAUAUUACUGCGCCGACAUCGAUUCUACUUUUCACUGUACUGGCCAUGGCGAAAUCCUGUACGGCGCUUUUGAUGGUUUUCUGGGACAAGGACCGGUGCAUAUUAUGCAGUAUCUGGCACAGGAUAUCUGGUCUCUUUAUUGUCCUCGUGGUAUGGACGCACCGGCACCAGGCGAUUGGACUGUUGCGUUUCGCAGGGAUGAGAAUGGUGUCAUUGAUGGAGUGACUGUUGGGUGUUGGUUGGCAAGAAAGCUCGAAUUCAAAAAGAAAUAGAUGGAAAUGAUGCUAGACAGAAUGCGACCAUUAUGAAUGCUGAAAUGAGAACAACAACUCAUUUUAUACAUUGGCAAAAGCAAAUAUAAAUGUCUGAUAAGCAUAUGACGCGCUUGGACUCACAAGACGCCACAGAAUCUGGCAUGCAAUUUCAAGCGCCUCUUCGUAUCCACUGAAAUAUGGAUAGGUCUAUCUAGGGGGUGCUUUGUGGCUGCUCCAAGGACUAUCACUGCAUUAUCUUACCCAUAUUUAUAUUCACUCUUCCUGUUUAUACAGCAGCUUUCUAUUGUUGAUUUCUAUAUAGAUUAGGACUAAGUAUACCACGUUUUAGAUUUUGUGCGACGAUUCGAGACAAAAUAGAUAAGAUCCUGUACAACAACCAGAACCAGACCAGACACAGCCAGGAUAAUCAUGAUCAGUAUUCCUCUUGGAUAGCUG